GCGCAAACUUGUCAGAGGAGCAACAUGGAGACCGACACCAUGCCCCAAGGCGACGACGGAGCAGUGGCAGCAGCGCAUGUGGAUGCGGUGGAGUCUCUGGACAAAGCCUUAUACGACCAAGAUAACAGCGACUCGCGCGAGCUCGAGGACGUUCUGGUGCAGGAGUUUCCAGAAGGUUACAUUCCGUUUGCGACGAAGCUGGGUCUUGCCCUUGAUGACGGCUCAACGUCAAAUCUCAUUCAAGUGGAGAGCUUUGACGUGCUCAAGGCCAAAGUGCGGCAGCUCGCUUUGCACUCGGGAUUUCAAGUCAAGUUGGACGGCCGCAGCGACAAACGGCGGCAGUGGAAAUGUACGAGUCGUCGAAAUUGCCCCUUUACCAUUGUGGGCAAUCGAAACCGGUACGGCAUCUUUGUCAAGCCCAGACUUGGACACAACCAUGCAUUCCACGUCCACGAAGCGAUGAACAAGCGCUUUACCACCGGCACCACGCACGAGCUCGCGUGCAUCGUGCGGCGAUCCCCCCUCUUCGCCAACCAUGACUUGUUCCACAUCUCCGGGAUGCAGAUUGCCAAGUGUAUCUUCGAUGUCACGGGGUUCCACAUCAACCAAAUGCGCGCAAGCCGCAUCAAGCGUCUGCUCCUCGACGAACCCGACCGAUACCUGCCGUGUCCAGAUACACCUCCAUCGUCGUCAACGCCGUCGUUGGUGCCCAAGCCUCUUCUUCCGCCCUCGCUCGCGUCCACUGGAGCCAGCCAAGGCACACCGGACAGUGUCGCGUGGGAAUGCUUCGUUGUUCUUGCAAACGACCCCCACGUCCUCUCGACACUCGGCGUCGCCAACGUCAGGAAGAUGGUCGCGACUUUCAAGCGGGAAAUGCACAAGCCCACGCUGCGGGCGAUCUUGCGCAUGAGCGUCCGUGACCCCACCAACGUCAUGCCGCCGUCGCUCACAGGCAACCGUCCCCUUCCCUCCAAAUUUGUGGAUGUGUAUCAGCGCCAAGUGACGCUCGGAUUUUUUGACGACGUUAUGGAGCCUCAACGCACAAAUACCCCCCAACCAACUCUCCACGCCACGCCGUCCGAAUCCACAGACCCACCGUCACCAGCCACAGCGCCAAGUCCUUCAGCCGUGCAGCCUCCCCCGCAUGCUGCAUGAGGUUGUUGUCGGGCCAACAUGGAGGACGACGCGUUUUCCACCCGGAUUGCGUUAUAGAACGCAAUAGAUCGACUAGAAGCUGUUAAAUAUAAUACAGGAAACCCUCACACUGUUUGCAUUCGUC